CUUAGACAACAUACAUUCGCAAUGGCCGAAGUUCUCCUUAACCAAGCCCAUGGCUAUGGCAUCAUCAUUGGUUUAUCCAUUCUGUUCUGUCUAAUCAUUUUGGCCGCUGUUCGGGUGCAGAAGCGAUAUCUGUCCGAAGAUAGCGAGCAAUCCGAGAUGUUCAUGGUGGCCAAUCGUUCCGUUGGAACAGGCUUGACGGCAUCUGCUGUCUUUUCGAGUUGUGCAGGANUGUGGAUCAACGAGAGUGUGAUUUGCGCUGCCUAUACUUACAAGUGGGGAGUCGCGUUGCCAGUCUGGUGGGCAUCUGGUCUAUCAUUCCAGAUUGCUUUAAUGGCUGUACUUGGUAUCGUUGCCAAACUUCGUGUCCCUUACGCACAUACUUCGCUCGAGUUCAUGCGGAUGCGAUAUGGCAAGUAUGCACACUGGAUCUUCAUUCUUCUCAAUCUUGUCAACAACAUUUUCGGAUGUGGGAGCAUGAUCUUGGCUGGUGCUCAGUUGGUCACUGGCAUUACAGGCAUGCAUGUCGUCGCUGCUUGCAUUCUGAUACCUGCUGGUGUCGUCAUCUACACCGCUGUUGGCGGUCUCAAAGCAACAUUCAUCACUGACUACCUCCACACUGCAAUUGCUUUGAUUCUCUUGAUUUAUUUCUCUUUGUCUGUUCUGACCAACGAGCAUAUCGGAGGUAUCUCCGGUCUGUAUCACAAGGUCAAAGCUACAGAUGAUUACAUCCAAGGAAACUACAAGGGUUCUUUGUUGACAAUGAAGUCCAAACCAGCUGUACUUUUUGGGCUUGUCCUCAAACUUGGAAACCUAGCUUUGGUCCUCAUGGAUACAGCUUUCUGGCAAAAGAGUUUUGCUUCAGAGGUUGAGUCAGUCGUUCCUGCCUACGAUCUGGUUUCUGUCGUCAUUCUUGCAGUCCCUUGGUGCACGGGAACCAUCAUUGGACUUUCCGGAAGAGCUAUCGAGAAGACGCCGAUCUGGUUCGACUACCCCAAUCUUUUGACAGAGACACAAGUCGAUAGUGGGCUGGUCAUGCCAUAUGUCCUUCGCUCUCUGCUCGGCAAAGGCGCAACGACUGGUCUUUUGGUACUGAUUUUCAUGGCCAUCACGUCUACAGUCUCAUCAUCCGUGAUCGCCGUCUCGAGUAUCAUAUCGCAGGACUUCUACCGUUCAUACAUCAACCCAAAAGCUUCUGAUCGCAAGAUUCUCAAGGUCAGCCAUCUUGGUGUCGUUGGUCAUGGAUGUUUUAUGGCAGGCUUUGCAAUCAUGCUGCAGUAUGCCGGUGCCACAAACAAUUGGUCGACAUACUUUAGGCCCAUUGUCGCUUGUCCUGGUAUCUUCCCUCUCAUGUUAACGCUACUCUGGUCGCGUCAGACAAAAGCAGCUGCUAUCUUGUCUCCCAUCCUGGGACUUGCAUCAGGUGUCGCAACAUGGUUGAGUCUGUCGUAUGUCUGGGGAGGCAAGAUCGAUAUACAAACUACUCAAGAACAACUUCCUGGUCUCUAUGGUGCACUAGUGUCAUUCUUCUCGCCAGCACUAUUCUCGAUAAUUAUCUCUCUGGUACGACCCAGCAAAUUCGACUGGAGAGUGUUCCUGAAGAUCGAUCUCAUCGAAGACAGCAGUCAGCCCAGCACUUCUCUGCCUUCACCUCAAGACAGUAAAGCAGACAUCAACAAGAUCAGUCCAAUCCCUAGACCCACGCAACAACCUUCCGACGAAAAAAACCAAAUCGCUAUCGAUGCAGAAGCAAAGACUGGACUCGUUAGCCCUGCCACGUCAAUCUCUACAGCCACUGGCAGUCUUGACGACAUCUCCCAUCCUUUCAGCGAGCAAACCAUCCGUCAUAUCAAGAAAUGGAGAACCUAUGCGUCUGGAUAUUUUGUUGUCAACUUACUUGUCACGGUUGUGCUGUGGCCCAUACCUAUGUAUCGAGACUAUAUCUUCACAGUACCUUUCUUCAAAGGUUGGAUCACUGUGGCGAUUAUCUGGCACUUCGCUGCCAUGAUGGCCGUCAUUGUGUAUCCGAUAUGGGAUGGCAGGUUUGUCAUCAGUACGGUUUUGCAAGGAGUAAGAAAGGAGUGGAGAAAGAGGUAG